GUGUGGGCCGAGUAGAAGCACGUUUGGAAAAAUUGCAGCGACGGGUAGACCGGGACGAGAAGAAGAAAGUCUUGCUGAAUGAAUCUCCGUUGACUGACCGGGUGCACGAAACCCCAUUCCCAAAAAAGGCAAAGCUGGAAGUCCCAAAAUUCACUGGCAAAGAAGACCCGGAAAUACACGUCAAAACCCUCCACCAAAGUGGGAGAAUGAUGGGUCUUUCCGGAGACGAAAAGUGCUUGCUUUUCUUCCAAACCCUCUACGGCCGAGCCGCCGAGUGGUUUCACAACCUCCUGGCCGGUGAAAUUGAUUCUCUCGAUGAACUGCCCGAGAUGUUCCAGGAAAAGUUUAAGGAGAAUUGUACCAAGAAGAAAAAAUUCACCUACUUGAGUACAGCUGGGCAGAGGGAACACGAGGACCUAACCAAGUUCCUCACGCGGUGGAAGGAUGAGGUUGACAAGGUGGAGGAGAUGGACAAUAAAACUGCAAUGUCCCUCCUGGUCUCUGGGCUUCGUUCCGGAGAAUUGUAUAAGGAAUUCUACCGGAGACCUCCUCAGUGUUACCAAGAGGCUUACAACACGGCCUGGGAUUAUGCUGACGCUGAAGCACAUGUGUCUUCCAAAAGGGAAGCCGAGCAGGGCCACCCCAAAGCAAGGAUUUCCUUGAAAAAUGAAAUCAAACUGCCCGGCAGGGUAAAAGCAGAAGUGAUGGAGGGAGUAAUAAAGCAGAUGAUCGAGGCCGGGGAGCUCGACCAAGAGUACCUUGCCCAGGCAAAACAGAAAAAGAACCAACGGAUCCGACCCGAAGGUCAACCGGCCGAACAGAACAAAAAAAAGAAAGCACCCGGUAAAGAGCACUUACAUGUGAUCUAUGGCGGAUCGGAAGGAGGAGAUUCCGCUUCACAAAGAAAGAAGUGGGGGCGGGAGCUCUACGUUGGUAUAGUUGCCCUGGGUCCCCGGCCAAAGCAAACCAGAAGGGAGCCGAUCACUUUCACGGACCGAGAUCUUCCCGCCACUGGGGAAGACCACAAUGACCCUUUGGUUAUAACCAUGAAUAUGGGUGGAGUUGAUGUUUCCCGGGUACUCGUUGACACGGGCAGUAGUGUCAAUGUUUUGUACUUGGAAACCUUUGAGAAACUCAAGCUGUGUCGGACACGGUUCAUUGCAUAUUUGGCCAGUUUUGGGAUCAAACACAACAAGGCGUCAGUAACAUAUCCUCAAGGAAAUGGCCAAGUUGAGAAUGCUAACCGGACGAUAGUGGACGAGCUGAAGAAGAGAUUGGGAGAAGAAGGGCGCAAAUGGUUGGAAACACUACCCCAUACAAUCUGGGCACACAGGGUAACGUCAAGAAGAGCAACCGGGGAGACGCCAUUCAUGCUCACUUAUGGGUGUGAAGCCCGGUUGCCAAUCGAGGCAGAGUUCCCAACGUUUAGAGAGACCGUGUAUCAACCCGGCCAGAACGAGGCCGACCACUUAGCUGAAUUGAAUCUGGUGGAAGAAUGGAGAACGAUGGUAGCCGUCAGAAUGGCCGGCUAUCAGCAGUCAGUGAAGCGAUAUCAUGACAACCGGGUGGGUCCACGUUACUUCCAGGUGCAUGAUGAAGUCUUGCGAAGAAGGGAUGCUAGUAAACCCAACGAAAGAGGCAAGCUAGUCCGCAACUAAGAAGGACCAUAUCGCAUAAGGGUGAUCAUCCGACCGGGCACUUACCAUGGAGGUUGGACGAGUCGAUCGACAUUGGAACUCUCAUCACUUGCGUAAAUUUUUUAGAUAGAGUGUAAUGAGUUCCCGGUCAUAAAUAAACUUUGUCUUG